AGCAGCCGCUAAGAAAGGAUAAUCGAGCAGGAGGAGGUGAAUGCACCGUCUGAGGAACUUCUCCGUCUCUUGUCUGCUGGUUGAACUGAUUGACUAAGAUUACCAACGCCCAUAAAGUGGAAACAUCCAGGAAAUGCAGCGAGCCUGAGCUGAGCCUGAGCUGAGCCUGAGCGUGUAUUCCGACCAAAGCGCUCCAGUCGAGAUUCCGUCGAGCAGCGUCCUCACUCACACCCGUCUCAUGUGCAUUAUUAUCAACUAAUGCAACUUAGCUGCUGUCUUACCUACAAACACUGACUGCUUUGGACUUAUUCGACCCUGGUUUUUCUUUUUUGACGUAUUGACUCCUGUCCACCAAAAACAUGGCAACCCAGAUCGAUAAAGAGGCUUGCAGAGAGGCUUACAACGAUGUGAGAGACGAUGCCACGGAGACCAGCUGGGCUGCAUUUAAAUAUGAGGGCUCCAAAAUCCUGCCUGCAGGACAGGGGACUGACUAUGAGGACUUCAAGAAGCUGUGCACAGAUGACGCACGUUUGUUUGCGUUUGUCCGAAUCACAACAGGAGACGCCAUGAGCAAGCGGGCCAAGUUCACCCUCAUCACCUGGAUCGGUGAAAACAUCAGCGGGCUGCAGCGUGCCAAGAUCAGCACUGACAAGACGCUGGUCAAAGACGUCGUGCAGAACUUUGCUAAGGAGUUCAUGAUCAGCGACCCACGAGAACUGGAAGAGGAUUACAUCCGCGAGGAGCUAAAGAAGGCCGGUGGAGCUAACUACGAUGCUCAGGCCGAGUAGAGGAGGGCCACGGUCCCGUGGAAGCAUCUGGGUUGGGGGAUUGGGAAUGGUUGGACUGGGUGGUGUAAACGGGGGUAGGGAGCGUUGGGGCAGGGCUGCUACCUCUUGGGGAGAGGGUUAGGCAAGAUGGAGAGGAUGCAGGUUAUGGCUAAAUACAAAUACAAGUGAAGUCCACAAGAUCAGCGUCUCUUAGUGGGUAGUUAAUGGUCCUUGUAGUGAACUUAUUAAUCAUCAGUUCAUAUCAGAGUUGUUUAGGAGGUGUUGGUGCACACCUACAGCAGGACGUUCAUAUAAUACACUCUGAAGUGUUUGUAAGGGAAGCUGCUUGUAAUCUCAUCCUAAAAGUGCAUGUAAAAGCCAACUGGACUUCCUUUUUCGAGUUUCACCCCUCAAACAAGAGCAAGAAAGUGUUCCAGGAUCACCUCACCUUGUGUCAGUUGUAUUCCCUCUGUUAGUCUUGAUAUCUGAAGCAGUAAAGGUGUAAGCGCUCCAAAGGAACCAGUGUGAACAGAAAGAAGAACCACGUCCUUUUCAUUAGAGACAAAAAGUCUCCUUUUGGCUCUUAUGGGAAUAUUAAGGUGUUCCCAUGAGAGCCAAAUCUCACCGACAGCUGACACCAGUUCAGUUCUUUUACGGCACCCUGACCAAACACGGAUAUGAUUGUUGGCCUCCACAAACCUAAAGUUAAUAUCAGUUUAUACAAUGCUUUCCAAGAUCACAUCCUCUCCUUUCUGCCUCUCCACCCUCUCCCCAGUCAGGUCGUGGUUGGUUAUCUACUGUGCUGUGAAUUGUCAUCUCACUCUCAUCCUCAUCUCAGCUGAGCUACGGCAGAGCAAAAAAGAAGUUGCCUUCAUGGUUGCAGCACUGUUUGUCAAAAAGAACUAAACGCAACGAGGAUGUGGGGGGAAAAAAGGAAGGGUUUCACUUCAAAAAUUAAGUCAGACUGAAUAAUGUAUGAAUUCAGUUCAUGACCCGUUUUGAAAUGGCACCCUUCGCUCGCAGGCAUGUGUUUGACACCAGAACAUGCUCUUUAGUAACGAUACACUGUACUUGCAGGGGUAAAAGAUCUCCAUUUUCUUCAAGGAUCCUCGGUGAUUGUCAGUGGCUAGUUUGGCAUCAGAUUGAGUCAGACUGGUGGUGCACUUUUAUCCGCCCCUUCAUCUCUAGCCAGACAGCUGUGUUUGGACUACAGCUUCAGAGUCGUCUGUAAUUCACCCUCUUUUCUGCUUAAUUGUGGCCUGUGCUGUGGAUGUCUUUUAUCCUUCCAGUUUUUGUUGGACGUAAUCAAUAACUGCAGUUUUCAGAGUUGAUAAGGAAAGGGAAAGAAAAAAAAGAUGUUUGAUAUUUCGACAUUAAAAAAACACAGCAACUAAUAUAUUUAUCAUGUAGCAGUACAUGUUAAGUUCUACUUGCUCGACAAAACCUCAAAGGGUUUUAGGAAUGGAGGUCUUUUUCUUCUGAUGUCUCAUCUCAUGAUCUACCACUUAUACAUGCCUACUGUAACCUACUGUGUUUGACUGCCUUAGUCUCCCAUGGAGAGAGGGGCAUCAUGGGAGCUUUUGGACACUACACUGUGAUUGGCUGUCCUCCUCUACAUAGCACAGGAUGAUGGGUCCAGGCUCAGCAUCCCAACUCAGGAGGAGCCACUUCUCGGUUGUAGCAUAUCUUUUUGUUUAGUUUCAACUCUCCCUCCCCCCAUAAGAAAAAAAAAUCUCUUUUUUUUUUGUUUGUUUGUUUUUGAGAUUUAAUUUUAUUUUCACUCAAGACUUUUACCUGAUGAUUAGAUUUUUUAAAGAGCAUUGUUGUCAUGGUCAUUGGUGAAAAAACAUUUUAAAAAAUGCUAAAAGUAAAGAAAACAAAACGGGCACAAGAUCAGUCAUUUCAAAAUAAAAAAGAAAUGUUUUUCCAAA